CUCUUAUUCAAACUCUGCUCACCUCACAUCCAUGUCUUAAUGAAGCGCUUAGAUGGGCUUUGGCAUGGGAGACAAUCUAUCAACAGACUCGUUUGCUAGGAUCCAAAACAGCACAGAUAAGAUGGGAAUGGUAAUGUUUGGGUGUAUGAGCCCAAUCAUACAUACAAGCACUGAGAAAGUGAAGCUAGGCUUGAGGUUGACAAUUUCAAUUUGCCUGGUCUCGUUAUUUUUACGCCAGGGUUGUCAAAAUGAAGUGGGUUGUGAAGUCUGCCUUUAUGGCCGUCUAUGCCUUCGCAACCGUUCUCAUUUGCCUAGUCUUGUAGGCUACCGCAUGGCGUUUGGUGACCAACUACUCCCUUUUGGGGGCAAGGCUGCGCCAGCUUUCGGCCAAAACUACUUACUUAACCAAGCCAGAGUCCCGGAAAGCUCCCAUACAUAUCGGGGCCAAACUGAGGUGACUGAACCUUUCUAUCCCAUGACCUCGCUCGUGUAUUUACAAUUCACUUUUGCCGCUGUUACGCUUUAUUUGUUAGCUGGGUCGGUUCUUGGCCGCAUGAAUAUCAAGGCGUGGUUAGCGUUUGUGCCUCUAUGGCUUAUCUACAGCCUGUUGGGUCAGGCAAAGGCUAAAGAAUGACAAGGAGAGGUUUCCUCCCAGCAAUGUUCUACUGAUGCUUGCGGGUCAGGUUUCAACGGUGGGGCUCGAUAUACCGCCAACAUUGACUUGUCAUUAGCAGUGUGAAACACAAAUGUAUGUGCCGCCAAGAGCCUUCUCGUGUGGACAACUCUUGAUGUCGUCUACUUUGGCAAGCCUUCCCUGAUAGAAGCCGUUCAAGGCAUGAUGACUGGACUCGUUUGCAUUACUACAAAGCAGAUGGAUGGUACUCUAGGUGUGUUUCAGAACUCUGCAGGCUCAUUCUACCAGAGCCCACAAGAGGUGCAUUUUACGGAGGGAGUGGUUGGAGGGCAAGGGCAACUACUGAAUCAAAUGGGUGAUGAGCAACAGAGAAGAGGCAUGCAUUGACUUCAUCUUCUUCAUGUGCAGAAGGCAUAGCACCAUCACACUACAUUAAUUUGCGGGGCGAUUUAAUAUAAUUUUGGUAUAGUUUCAACGGAUUCUGUUGUCAGAAAAUUAAAUGCAAAAACGUGCUUGCGAGUCGUGACUUUGAAUCUUCUCACCGGAAAUAUCGGUUGAGAAAGUCAAGGGAUUCGCCAUUAUAUAAUUAAUUUGUUAAUUGUCAA